UUCACCAGCAAUAGUAAGCAAGCCGUGCUACUCGGUGCACGACCAGCAGUGAACCGCGCGCGCAAACAUAGUCGCGUGCGCCGGCGCCGGCGUCGGCGCGGCUCGUAUCUCCCGCGUUAUCACGCGCGGCCGCGCAGCUGGCCCCGCGACGUGCCGCGACAGUACUCGGCGCGACAUGGCGCGGGCCGCCACUGCGCGCACCAGCGGCUCCAAGCCCCAGGAGGACGACGCCGGCGCGGCCGCCGCCGACUCGCUCGAGGCGGCGCUGGCCCAACUGGGACCCUUCGGCUUCUACCAGGGCUACAUGCUGGUCAUGCUGUGCAUCCCCAACCUGCUCGCCUGCAUGUACUCGCUCAACUACAUCUUCGUCGCGGACCAGGUGCCCUUCCGGUGCGUGGUGCCGGAGUGCGAGGGCGGAUACCCGCAGUUCGAGAACGAGGCGGCGGCGGCGCUGCUGCCGGGCGGCGCCUGCGAGCGGUACGCGCCGCUGCAGCCCGACCUGGCCUCCUGCGACCGAGACUCGUUUCACCAGAACCACACCAUCGCCUGUGACUCCUUCGUCUAUGAAAAUUUCCACACCAUCUUUGCUGAGUUCGACCUGGCGUGUCGCGAGUGGAUGCGCACCAUGGUGGGCACGGUGCGCAACGUGGCGCUGCCGUUCGCGCUCGUCCUCACCGGCUACGUCUCGGACACAUACGGGCGCCGCACGGCUUUCUGCUUGUUCUCCGCGUUUGCUGGCGUAAUGGGCAUCCUCAAAGCAUUCUCCGUCAACUACCAAAUGUACUUGGCCAUGGAGUUCUUCGAGGCCGCGCUUGGAUACGGCUUCAACAGUGCUGGCUACGUAAUGAUGGUGGAGAUCGCACACCCGUCGCUGCGCGCAGUGUUCGCGUGCGCCACCGGCGUGGCGUACGGCGCGGGCGGCGUGCUGUUCGCGUGGGUGGCCUGGGGCGUGCCCUACUGGCGCCACCUGCUCUGGACCAUCCACUCGCUGGCACUGUUGCUGCCGCUGUACUGGCUACUGCUCGACGAGAGCCCGCGCUGGUUGCACGCCACGGGCAACGUCGACAAGACCGCUGCCGUCAUCAGGAAAGCAGCUCAAUGGAACAAGGUAGUGGUGAACGAGGCGCUGAUGAGCAAGCUGCAGGAGACGACGCGCACGCAGGCGCAGGGCGGGCGCGAGCGCGCGUGGCUGAGCGUGCUGCGCUCGCGCGUGCUGCUGGGCCGGUUCGCGCUGUGCUGCUGGUGCUGGGCCGCCACCACCUUCGUGUACUACGGGCUCACCAUCAACUCGGUGGCGCUCGCAGGGAACAAGUACGUCAACUUCGCGCUCAACAUGUCCAUGGAGAUCGCAGCCUCCGUGCUCAUCAUGAUGGCGCUCGAACGCAUCGGACGCAAGCUGUGCAUAUGUUUUGCAUUUCUGCUCUGUGGGGUCGCUUGUGUUUCGCCAUUUUUCAUAAGUCACGAGGGCACCACCCUGGCGAUGUUCUUCGUGGGCAAGCUGGCGAUCACGUUCGCGUUCAACUCGCUGUACGUGUUCACGGCGGAGCUGUACCCCACGCACACGCGCUCGUCCGCGCUGGCCGCCUGCUCGCUGGUGGGCCGCGCCGGCUCCGUGCUGGCGCCGCAGACGCCGCUGCUGAACAUGUACGUGCAAGCGAUGCUGUAUGGCGCAUGCAGCGUGACGGCGGCGCUGGCGGUGCUGUGCGUGCCGGAGACGCGAAGCGCCAGCCUGCCGCAGCGUGUGGCUGAUGCGGAGCGCCUGCGCCCCGCAGCGCCCCCGCCUGCGCCGCUGCGCGCCCCCGAGUCCCCGCCGCGCCCCCGCCUCGUGUCCGCUGAAACGUGACCCUGAACAAGCGCGUGCGCGCGUCGCAACACUCAGCACCGCCUACUUGUUGCUGGUCUCGAUCUCACUACACGGGAGAAUGAGUACUCAGUACUAUUGUAUUACACCGUAGGUACACCUCGUGGAUUAAGACACGACAGUGUGUGUUGUGCGCGUGUGACACGGCCUGGAUAGUUGCUAAAAUGUCUGUGCAAUGUGUGACGUGCAUCUGUCUGCGCAUGCAGAGAUUAAAAGCCGCGAUGUACUUAAUGAUUAUACUACAAAGAAGAUAAGACAAAAUGAAAUGAACGUGCAAUAACUUACGGAAGAUACGUCCACCGAGUGAGGACUAGUGUGGGGAGCGAGGGUGUGAGGUGUGGUGUCUCAGGUGUACUCGUGUGACUAUCAUUGGACAAUACUGUGCAUAUUGUUUAUGACUCUAUUGUUGUAUUAUAAAAUAAAGGCAUGAUAUAACGUAA